AUGAAUUCACAUUUGUAAAUGAAGAGAGAAUAAUUUAUGGUUCAGAUUAGAAAAUAAGCUAGAGAAGAGAUCUUCUCUAAAAAAAGACAUACUAGCAUCAUAUAGGAUGGGGAUGUGUUGUAAAAAUGUAAUCCUGAUGAGACAAUUAAUUUUAUAUAUCAAACUUAUUUGGAGUAGGAUUUCAAACAUUUAGCUAAAUUGUUAAAAUAAUACAAUAUGAAUUAUUUAAAAUUAUUGGAGGAAGACAACUUAAAUGAUUAAGUUGUUUUGAAUUAAUUUAUCAACCAUUUUAGUAGUGCAAAUAUGAAUGGUUUAAAAUUAUUCUUUGAUAUAAUUAGGAUGAGUGAUAUUCCUAUAGAAUUUAAUUUAACAUCAGAUAGAUUGAUGUGUAUAAAUCAUGUAUUAGUAAUCUUGAUUAAUAUUACAUAUUUGGAUAGGAAAGAUAUUGUUGAGAAUUUGUUGUAAAAUGAUUUGAUCAAUAUUCUAUUGAAGGAUUUAAUAGAUAGAAUGGUAUAACCUGAGAAGAUUCAGAUUCAUUUUGAUAGAUGGUGUGAGAUUCUUGAGAGUGUAAUCAAUCUUAACUAUGAAUUUUACAGAUUUGUCUUAUAUUGAUAAAUAUUUAAUUUGAAUUGGAUAAUCGAAAUGUUUUGUUAUUUAGAGAAGAAAUACUUAGAUCACAAUUAUUUAGAGUUUGGUCUAAGUUUUAUCCAAAAAAUCCAAUCACUAAAACAUGGAAAGCAAUUCUAUUAUUAGAGUGUAAAUUAUUUGAAUCUAAUGAAAUUAAUCUCAUAGAUAUUCCUCAUUAUAAUGUAUGAUUUCAUUUAAUAAUAAGUUUAAUUGUAUUAUCUCAUAAUGUACAUUUUUAAUUGAUAAAGUUUAAAUGGAAGAUGAGAGUCUCUAUAAAAGAGUCUUGGAAAUCUUGUAAAAAUUAUCAGAAUUUAAAAUUACAAUUGCUUUGACCUUGACUUUGACUAAGUUUGUUUGGGAAAAGAUCUUAAAAUUAAAUCUAUUUCCAAGUAAAUUCUUUUCAAUAUUCACUAAUUUCCUUGCUGAAAAAGAUGAUGAUCAUUACAUUCUUUAAUAUUUGAUUGAUAUUGGUUUAAUAGAAUCCAUGGUCAAUUCCUUAUAAAAUUAAGGAGAUGAACUGAUAAUCGAAAAAAUAUUUAAAUGUUUUAACAACAUUCUAUACUAUCCACAUGCUUUCAUUGUAGAAAGAACAAUCACAGUUUUCUUACCCUUCCUACACAAUUACUUAAAUCAAUACUCUAUAAUAAAAUAAGAAAUCUGUAUAGAAUACUUGUAUCUAUUGUAAAAUCUAAUGAAUCAUCAACAAUUAUCUGAUUAUCAUUUAAAUGAAAUAUUCAUUAAUCUUGAUUGUUUACAAUACAUAAGUGAUAUGUAAUUAUUAUAAUCAUAAAAGGUUGCUUUCAUGUAUUUAUUUGACAAAGUUGAUAGCUGAAUUAUUCACAUACUUUUAAAAAUUGCCACCAUAAUUUAAAUUAGUAAUUCUUUAAAAAGUAGAUACCUAUGAUUUUGUGGAAAUUCUGAAUAAUCAAGCAACAAUAUUAAAAAAUAAAGAUGAUGGAUCUAUCAAUUUAAUAUUGAAUCUAAUACAAUUAUGGGAAUAAAGUGAUUUUGAGUUUAAUAUUGCUUGA